UAGAGCAGUGAUAACUUUGGGUUCGAUAUGGCUUCAAUCCCAAGGUGACAUUAUGAUUUCCUUGUGAUAAAUUUUGGAGUGGAUAUUAUAAAAAAAUAUAUACAUUUACAAUUGGUUUGAAGUGAUUACAAAUCCGUAAUUAGUCAUCCAUUUGAACCUUGACCUCAGCCAGUAGUUACUAUGGCAAUGAACCCAGACGAUCUUAGUGACUUAGAAGUGUUGGAUGAGAAUACUAUUGUCCAGGCUCUAAGGACCCGGUACAACAGAGAAAAGUACUACACAUAUAUUGGUGAUAUUCUGGUCGCCGUGAACCCCUGCAAGCCUAUCGGUCUGUUUGAUGAGAAGCAACAUGAGGAGUACACAGACUUGGUUACUCGGACCCAGCGCCCACCUCACUUGUUCUGGAGCGCCGACCAUGCCUACCGGGCGCUAUGUAACACCGGAAGAAACCAGUGCAUCUUGGUUAGUGGCGAAUCGGGCGCAGGAAAAACCGAGAGCACCAAAUACAUGAUCCGCCACUUAAUGAAGAUCAGUCCAAGUGACGACACACAGCUGCUCGACAAAAUAGUACAGAUAAAUCCUUUGCUUGAAGCCUUUGGUAACGCUUCCACUGUGAUGAACGCUAAUUCUAGUCGCUUUGGGAAAUUCAUCGAGCUCCACUACACAGAAAAUGGCCGCCUUCUUGGAGCCAAAAUUGACGAUUACAUAUUGGAAAAAUCACGUGUUGUACAUCGUUCUUCCGGUGAGAAGAACUUCCACGUGUUCUACGCAUUGUUUGCGGGUAUGUCACGUGAACGACUUCUGUACUACUUCCUGGAAGACCCGGAUUGCCAUAGAAUCAUGCGAGAUGAGGAUAUCCAGAAUGGCGUAUUUCGAGAUGCUGAGGAGUGGGAGCAUUACAAAGCGAUGUUUUCUUCUCUCACCUCCAUCAUGGCACAGACUGGUUUCAGCGAAGAGCAUAUCCAAGUGAUCUUUCUUAUAUUGGCUGCCAUACUACAUCUUGCCAAUAUAGUAUUUAUGCCCAUUGAAGAAACAGAUGGGGUUUCCGUUGCGGAUGAAUACCCGUUGCACGCGGUUGCUAAGUUACUGGGGAUUGAUGACGAGGUUGAACUCACAGAGGCGCUAAUUUCAAACGUCAGCACAAUUAAAGGGGAAAGAAUUCAGUCCUGGAAGAGUCUAAGAGAGGCCAAUGACAGCAGAGAUGCUCUUGCUAAAGACCUCUACUCCAGACUUUUUGGAUGGAUUGUCGGACAAAUCAACCGCAACAUCUGGCCGAAUCAGCGCCGACAGAGCCAAUUAACACGAGGUUCUUCCAUCGGAUUGUUGGAUUUAUCCGGUUUUGAAAACUUCAAGCAAAAUGGCUUUGACCAGCUUCUAAUUAAUAUAUCAAAUGAAAAACUCCAACAAUAUUUCAUGGAUUACAUAUUCCCCCGCGAGAAGAAAGACUACGAGGCUGAAGGAAUAGAAUGGAGGGAUAUCGUCUACCAUAGCAACGACGAUGUUCUGGAGCUUGUGUUUAAAAGGGACGGCAUUCUUUCGUUGCUGGAUGAGGAGUCCCAUUUUCCACAGUCCAACGACUCUUCCCUGGUCCAAAAACUCAACAAAUAUUGUAAGGACAGCACCCGAUAUGCCGCAACAAUGGGCAAUAGAGUGGCUUUUUCUAUUCGCCAUUACGCCGAACAAGUAACUUACGACGCGGAUGGAUUUUUGGAGAGGAACCGCGACAAACUGAGUCAGGACUUGGUGGGCUGUCUGCUGAAUAGUAACAACAACUUCAUCAAGGAUCUAUUCACCGCCUCGAUAUCAGAAACAGGAACUAUCUCGGACUUUGCGAGCAAAUGUACAUCGCGGCCCAAACUCCCUGCAGUGUGGCCCUCACAGAUUGACCCAGAGCGCCUACGGAGAUCCCUUUCUCGAAAGGUCUCCAAUCGCAUCAAAAAGAGCCGAGAACUGUCCGGAGAGAGCAGCAAAUACUCGUCUUUGGGUCGAGCAUCGCCAACAGUCACCAAACAUUUUAAGAGGUCGUUGUCCGAUUUGAUGACCAAAUUGUCACAAGCCCAGCCAUUAUUCGUCAGGUGCAUCAAACCCAACCAUUUUCUAUCUUCUGGGAAAUUUGACACGGAGUUGACCAGACGACAGUUGCUAUGCAACGGUUUAAUGGAAAUAGCUGAACUGAGGAGAGAGGGCUAUCCAGUUAGAAUCCGAUACGAAGAUUUUGUCAAAAGAUAUGCAGAACUUUGCCCUCCACUACCAAAUGUUGCUGACGAUGUUUCUAUAUCUCUUGGCAUUCUAAAAGGGGCAGACAUAGAGGGGUUUGGAACAGGUAGAUCUAAGCUGUUUUUAAAAUAUUGGCAACAAGAUCGACUGGAAACAAAUCUCAGAAACUUUAUUGAAGAAAAGGAAAGACAACGAAAAUUAGAGGAAGAAGAAAGAAAAAGGAAACAAGAAUUUGAAGAAAAACAAAGGCUGAUACAACGAGAGCAAGAAGAACAGCGCAAAAAGAAAGAAGCAGAGACGAAACGAAAACUCGAAAUUGAAUUAAAAACCCGAAAAGUUUCAAAACCUGAGAAAGAUAACAGUCUGUUACCGAAAUCAAGUUCCAAAAUGUUUGAAAUUGGAGUAGGCGAUAGUUCUUCUCCCAGUGGAAUGCCAAUAAGAGGAUCUCGCGAUAGUGGUCUAGAUUUUGAUGACGUUCUUUACAGAGAAGCGAUGUCUGAAAUGGACAACGCAGACGAUUACAUAUCACGUGACUAUCAUACAGAUUAUUCAGGUCGUAGUCCUAGUAUUGCGGAUACAAUUGAGGACAGUGUCAGUAUGCCAAGGAAGGGAGGAGUUCAAAAUCAGUUUAUCGAAGAUUCACGAAGCUCGGACCAAACGACUGUAAUCGAAGAAGACAAGCCAGAGCCAGAUCAAUGGCGCCCUUACGAUAUUUUCCAAGUGUCAGAGAGGGAGUUUGAAGAUGAUGAUUACUUCUUCAAGGAGAUAUUGAAGGGGAUUCGUCUGUUUCUCUACUUCUUCUUCGUCAUCAUCAUCAUCGCUUGCAUCGUUGCCAGCAAGCUCUCGCUUCUGUUGUUAACUUCAGGGAUUAAUAAAGAUGAACAAACGAGAGGUCAUCAUUUAUUUUCAUUGCUCAUUUGUCUCUGUGGACCCAUGGCUUUCAACUGGUUUAUGGCCUUCAUGAAGAUUUUGUUCGGUGGAAAAGAAUGGCCAUCCAUGCAAACGUUUUUUGUCCUUUUGGUGAUAGAGGGAUUACAGACAUUCGGAAUGUGUCUCUUACUGUUUCGAGUAUUACCAUCCACUGACUUUUUUAGAGGAUUGAUUGUAACGUUUGCAGUAUGCCAGAUUCCGAGUCUAUUAAAGGUCAUAGUUCAUGAGAGAAGGCCAAAUCUCAGCGUGAGUGAGAUCGUGGCUAUCAUAAUGAACAUAGCAGCAUUUCUAGUUCAAGUCUCUGCCAUUCCGUUCUUUUCCGUCGGCAACUUCAUAAUGCAAGGUAACUACUCCAUCAUGGAAGCUUACAACGAGACCACGACCUUAAGAACGUCCGUGACCUUGAACCAGACCUGUGACUGGGAGCUGCCGCUGUCCUUGAUACUGUUAUCAAUCGGUUGGUGGGAGAACUACGUUUCUGGAGAAUGGACCGUGUUCGGGCGAAUCACCAUCCCAUUCAAACACUGGCGGUCUAUUCUACAGGACGUCAGAGAAACGUCCUACUUUCUAAUCGCACCUUUCAAAAUCGGCUUGGCUAUCCUGAUGGCACGACUGAUCACAAAUAACACAAACUUUGUUGUCCUUGGCACCGACGAAUUCAACGCAACAACCAGCAAGUACUCAUCAAAAGCGGAAGAAAUAGGAGUAUCGUACAGCUUGCUCUUUAUACAGAUGGGCUCUGGGAUAGUUUGCACAUACCUAGCUGGUCUAGCGUGCAAACUGCACAUGCAGAGAACGGCAUUCUCUUUACCACUGGUGAUAGGCCCUGCAGUAUCUUUGCUGUUGAUAUUCUUCCAGUGUGAAUUCGAUUUUCUUCCAAUCUACUGGCACACAGGCGGGUGGUUUUGUCCGAAAUCAACGGAUCUUUACUCACUCAUGAUUCCAAUUAUUUGCGCCAUAUUGGUCUGGUUGUCUUACUGCAUCACAGUCUCUCAUAUCUGGUUUCCACAAAGCGAAAGAAUGGCCAAAAUUGAGAAACUUUUCGUAACUCCACAUUUCGAAGGCAUCUUUCCGGACUUUACCUUGACUCUUCGACGCCGUCGUAAUGAUAAGGAGGUCAAACUGACCGGCUUUGAUACUUUCCGCUAUGUUGGCGAGGAUACGUACUUCACUGAUGACGUAUACAGCACAGCAAACGUCACUCCACAGGUGUACGCAUGUGCUACCAUGUGGCACGAAACCCGACAGGAGAUGACCCAAUUGUUGAAAUCAUUAUUUAGACUGGAUUACGUUCAUUGUGCAAGCAAACUUGCGCAGGAAAAGUUCAGAAUUCACGACCCAGAUUUCUAUGAUUUAGAAUUGCAUGUCAUUUUUGACGAUGCUUUUGAACUUGAUGACACAGUGGAUAAAUGGGUUCCAAACAUGUUCGUCCGCCAAUAUAUUGAUUGUAUGGAAGACGCUGCCAGGUCAGUAGUGAAAGGACCAAUCAACAUCCAGCCUCCUGAGAAGACGGCGACACCUUACGGCGGACGCCUGACUUGGAUAAUGCCUGGACAUACACGCAUGGUUGUACACUUGAAAGAUAAAAACAGAAUGAGACACAGGAAACGGUGGUCACAGUGCAUGUACCUGUAUUACCUUUUGGGCUACAAACUUUUUGGAUCCAGCGAAGCAGACAAAUAUAUGAACGAAGACAACGAGAGUUCAGUAUCCAAGCUUAAAAACCGCAAGAAGAAGUCUAAGAAGGCACAACGCUCUCGCCCUCUCCGAUCCCUCUUCAUGCGAAUGACUCCAGAACAGUACGAACAGGCAGAAAACACCUUCCUGUUGACGCUGGACGGGGAUGUUGAUUUCAAACCCGAAUCUGUCCGUCUUUUGAUUGACAGGAUGAAGAAGAACAAAAAAGUAGGAGCAGUAUGUGGAAGGAUUCAUCCUAUUGGCUCGGGUCCUAUGGUGUGGUACCAGCAGUUUGAGUACGCGGUUGGUCAUUGGCUGCAGAAGGCUGCCGAGCACGUUUUUGGCUGCGUUCUUUGUUGUCCUGGAUGUUUUAGUUUGUUCAGAGGUUCUGCUUUAAUGGACGAUAACGUCAUGAAGAUGUACACAACAAAACCAACAGAAGCCAGACACUACAUUCAAUUCGAGCAAGGCGAGGAUCGAUGGCUUUGUACGCUGAUGCUUCAACAAGGACAUAGAAUCGAUUACUGCGCAGGUGCUGAUGCUUUGACCUUUGCCCCGGAAACAUUUAACGAGUUCUUUAACCAGCGUCGUCGGUGGUCACCUUCAACCUUGGCAAACAUGAUGGACCUUCUGUCGUCCUGGCGUGACACGGUCCGUAUUAAUGACAAUAUAAGCCGGCCUUACGUCCUGUACCAAUUCGUUCUGAUGGCAUCCACCAUCUUGGCUCCUUCCACCGUCAUUCUAAUGAUCACCGGGUCGUACCACUCCGUGUUGAAUCUCUCUAUCUGGCAAGGUUACCUCCUCAGUAUCCUCCCCGUCGUUGUGUAUCUAGUCAUUUGUAUGACAAUGAAAAGCGAUCACCAAAUCACGGCAGCGGCCGUCAUAACAGCUUUAUACACGGUUGUAAUGAUGAUAGCAACAAUUGGAACCAUCAUUAGUAUCGUCACUGAGAACUUUGGGAGUCCUAACGUGGUGUUUUUAAGUGGACUGGUGACGAUAUUUUUGAUUGCUGGGAUUCUUCAUCCACAAGAGUUCUUUUGCCUUGUGUACGGUCUUCUGUACUUCUUGACCGUGCCAUCCACUUUUGUAUUGCUGACCGUGUAUUACCUGUGUAACCUCAACAACGUAUCAUGGGGAACCCGAGAAACGCCGAAAAAAUUGACCAAAGAGGAAGAAGAAGAACUCAAAAUUCAACAAGAGGAGAAAAAAAAGAAAAGGGAAAGCAAGAGCUUACUGAAUCGCCUCGGAUUGACGAGUCUCAUCAGUGACGCGCGGGAAUUACUUCAAAACUUCUUGGGUCAGAAUGUCAAUCGUAAAGUAGAAAUCGAAACAAAAACUGAAGAAAGUCAAACUGAAGAAGAGAGUUUUCUUCUUCAAAGACAGAUGUCAAGGAACGAUCGCAGGUCUCAGCAAUCACAGGAAACUCAGCCAACUGCCAAAGAGCCUGAGGAUGUUGUUCCCCAGGGAUGGGAACCCGACCCCGACAACCCAUACUGGACUACUAUGGAAAUAUUUGGCAACGGUCCUGUUACCCGAUUGGAGAACGACGAAAUCGAUUUCUGGAAGUUCAUGAUAAAGAAAUAUCUCCACCCACUGGACGAAGACAAGAGUCAUAAAGAGAAGAUCAAGCAGGAUUUAAUCUCCCUGAAGAACAACGUCGUCUUCAUCUACUGCAUGAUUAACUUCCUGUGGACCAUCAUCACUCUACAGCUACAGGCUAUGGAAGACAAGCUGAAAAAUUUCUACAUCAUCAACAAAUAUGAACCGUUGUCUCUCAUGUUUCUUUCGAUUUUCGCCCUGUGUAUUGCGUUGCAAUUCUUUAGCAUGUUUAUUCAUCGCUGGGGUACCUUUCUCCAUCUCAUGUCAACCACGAGAAUCGAUUGGUUUAAAACAGUUCAUACGGAGGAGGACUUUGUCCGAUUUGUUGUCAGCGAGGCUCAGCGAUUACAGAGAUUAGAGCCCGAGCCCGACUACGAUGAUUUACCUCCGGAUUAUGAUGAUGACGAUAUGACCACGCAAUCGGAACAAUACGAUGAACUUCCGUCUCUUCCACCCACCCCCGGCUCUACGUAUCGACCAUUCCAGAAGAAAAAUUCGCGCAUGCACAGAACUUCUAGAGAGAGAUACAGUUCUGAUACGCCCAUUCUGCAACAAAUCUUUGAGGAUAGGCUUGAAAAUAUUCACCGGAAGUGGAAACAAGGCACGCUUGCUUUCCGCCCAACCAAUAAAUUAAGUCGCACUGACACGCAUAGAUUUAGUGUGAAAGAAAAUCUUAUGAGACAAAAAAUGUUUAAACGAAGUUUUAGGCGCAUUAACAGUAAAGAUGGACGAGGUUCCGACGAAAAUGUCAAUCAGUCUGUCGUUGUAGACAUAAACUGAAACUACAUCACACAAAUUCAUAUCCCGGAAAGUUUUCGUCGCAGGCGACGAUUUCGUACCCCAUUCCUGCUUCCAAAGAAGUGCUUCAAGAAAGUUCUCUCAACUAAAGCCUAUCCUUUGGGAAGCAUGUAGAACACACCUGUACGCUUACCAUCGAGGGAUGAUCGCGGAGAAUCGAAUAGUGUGUGACUAAACCGACAAUCAAACCCUGUAUUAUUUACUAGGACUCGGGUUUUAUGGUUAUUCAAGGAAAUUAACCGUGUCAAAGUUAUACUGUCCCUAACUUUUCAUGUAUUAACUUAUUUGAAUGUUGUCUUUAUUGUCCAUUUGAGAAAUAUCGUUUACUUAGUAGAACUGAGAAUUCCCAGUUCUUAUGUCUUACUCACAUUUCUAACUCGUAUAUACAAUACAUGUAAGAUUGUAUCUUUCACAAAUAAAACUAUGAAAUAUAUAUUA